UAUUCAGUUUAGACUAUAUACGCUGAUAUUACCAAGAUCCAAAACCUCCUCAGAAGAGCAUUGACCCACAACCAGUUCUUGCCGUACCCCUAAACCACAUACAUCGCCGGCGAUCAGCUUCAACCGACAGCCUCAACGAACCAGAUGAGCAGAGCGGGGUGUUGAAGCGUAGAAGGCAACACGCUCAUAUCCCCUUGGUCGAUCGCCAAUGUAAUACACUGAUUCUUGGCAAGGACAAAUGGCCGAAUCCGCUGUGAGCGCCGUUCUAGGGAACUUGGGCAAUCUUGCUGUUCGGAAGACUAGUUUCUUAUGUGGAGUCACCCAUGAAGUGACCUUCCUGAAAGAUGAGUUGAUGCGGCUGCAGGGCUAUCUCAAAGACGCCGACAGCAAAAGGAGAUCUGGAAAUGCAAGUGUUGCUAUCUUUAUGAGCCAAAUUAGAGAUGCUGCAUAUGAGGCCGAGAAUGUUAUCGAAGCUGCAGAAUACAUGAAGAAGAGAAGCAGGAUCAAGAAGGGCUUCAUGGGUGCAAUUUCAAGGUAUGCUCAUUUACCGAGUGACUUGACUACCCUUCAUAAAGUUGGUGUUGAAAUUCGGCGUGUAAGAAGGAAGCUCAGUGAGAUAUCUCAGAGCGCAGACCAUUUGAAAAUCGACUUUAGUAGUCAUGUUGCAGAUGAGUAUCUAGAUGAUUAUGGCCUUAUGCACCAAAAUUGCAAGGAUGACGUUGUCAUGGUUGGUUUUGAGAAUGAGUACAACGAAAUAGUGGAUAAAUUAGUUCAAGCAGAAAAUAUGCUUAGUGUUGUUUCCAUAAUUGCCAUGGGUGGGGCAGGAAAAACAACACUUGCUAGAAAAUUAUACACUUCAUCCGAAGUCAAACAACACUUUGGGGCACUUAUUUGGGUGACUAUAUCCCAAAAAUUUAAGGUUGUUGAUUUACUAAAGGAAAUUGUGAAGCAAAUAUCAACCGGGGAUCAGUCUAGAAAAAUUGAUGACAUGAAUGAGUGUGAGUUGGGAAAGAAGAUCCAUGAUAUCCUCAUGCAAAAAAGAUACUUGGUAGUUCUUGAUGAUGUGUGGGAAACAGAUACAUGGGAGCAACUGAAUAGAACAAUUAAAGCCUUUCCAGAUGCAGCUAACUGUAGUAGAGUACUGUUGACAACACGAAAGGAAGAUGUUGCAAAUCAUGUUGAAAUGCCAACCCAUGUCCAUGCUUUGAAGUGUUUAGAUGAAGAGAAAAGUUGGUUACUUUUUAGUACCAAAGCUUUACCAUCAUACAAAAGACCAGACAUCCGUGACCUGGAUAUGUUUGAAAAACUAGGGGGGAAGCUUGCAAGGAAAUGUAAUGGAUUACCACUUGCACUUGCAGUUUUAGGGGGUUAUCUAUCAAAGAAUCUCAACACACAAGCAUGGUCUGAUGUAUUAUCGUGUUGGCCAUCAACCAAAGACACAAAGAUGAUGCGAAGCAUAAUAGCUCGGAGUUACAAGGACCUGCCAAAUCACUAUUUAAGAUCUUGUAUGCUAUAUAUUUCUGCUUUUCCUGAGGAUAUGAUAAUAUCUGUGUCAGUUCUUAUUAAUUUAUGGGUAGCAGAAGGUUUCAUUCCAGACACACCUAAGUGUACACUAGAAGAAACAGCUCGUAAGUAUGUAACUGAGUUGGCUCAAAGAAGCUUGGUGCAAGUUGUUAAAACAAGCGGUGUAUAUGGAUGGAUUCUAAAAAUAAGGAUUCAUGACAUCAUACGUGACUGGUGCAUAGAAGAAGCAACACAAGAUGGUUUCCUUGAUGUCACUGAUGAAACUACUAGAGGAAAAGUUGGUGCAUUAUCAUGUCAUACCCUGAUAUCCUAUCGUUCUUCUUUCCAAAACUCAAGUGAGCACAUUUUGCACGCAUCGCCUAAUCUCCGAGCUUUGCUUGCUUUUGGACUUUCAUCCGUAUCUUUUCCUGAGCUAAGAUUCCUAAGAGUCAUUCAUGUAGAGGACUCAAGCCUACAGGAUUUUUCCAAUGUAAUUGGUAGGUGCAUUCACUUACGACACCUCUGGUUGAGAAGAUGUAAAAAUGUGAUGAUCCCUUCUUCUAUCGGGAGACUCCUUUACUUGCAAAUUAUAGAUCUGCCAAAGACCUAUCUGCUACAGUCAGAAAUAUCAAGCUCCCUCUGGGAUAUAUCUAUGUUAAGGUAUGUAGAUAUUCCAAACAUUUCUCUGCCAAGGAGUGUGCAAAUUCAACAAAACCUACGGGAGCUUCACAUGCGUGCUGCUGAAUGUGAACAUGGAAAAGAUCCGAUGCCGAUCCUGGAGAUGCUUCCUUGUCUGGUAGUACUGGAUUUGGCUUUCUAUAAUCUCGAAACCAUGUCCUUCAGUGCCCAAGGGUUCCCUCGUUUGCAAGAGUUAAUAUUUCGAAAUUGUUCCAUUAAGUGGAGGAUGGAGAUCGGGACAAUGCCAAAGCUAUUCUUCCUGUCAUUUACACGGUGCAGGAUGGAUGAUGAAAUCCCUGAUGGAUUACUGUACCUUCCAUCCCUCAGGUUCAUAUCACUGCGACUGCGUAAUGUGGACAAAGAUUAUUUGAAUGAUAGCACACUGGAAGGAUUGAAGCAGAAAGGAUGCAAGGUCACAGAAAGUCAUAUGUAAUCUUCAAACAGCAGGGACGAAACCAUUAUGGUCUGGUUAUGUUCUAAUCAGA